AUGACUGUGUUUCUUGGCCUCUUGAUCACUUUGGAGAAUAACCAGCUUACAAAUGAAAAACAUACAGAUGAAAAGCCUAUGAAAGGUAUUGUUAUGAGUUCUGUCGCAGAAUUCAGCAUCACAGACACUUCAUCAAAGGGUACCAAAAAUAAGAAGAAAUUGUCAGAUGUGAGCACAUCAUCCAUCGCUUCCCUGGAGAAAUGCAGAGAAUUCACUUACAUUGAAGAUGACGCAUCAGUACAUCAGAGAGACAGUGACGAUGAAUGUGCAACGCUUAUCCUGGCCUGCUUGUUCUGCCAAUUUUGGGACUUUCUUAUAAUGCUGCCUGAUACCUGUGAACAUUGGCUGAUAGAUACCUGUUGUCCAUCCAAUAGAUACUACCAGACUUCCAACGAAGACCAUGCCAACAACGACUGCAACUGUGACUGUGACAUUGAUUGCAGCCUUUUUGAGUCCUGCCACGAGACUGGUGAAUGCCUGGAACUUGCCAUGGAGAUUUCUGAAGUCUGCUACCGCUAAUAGGAAAAUAAGUGACAAAAUUCCUCAAAACUGCCUGAAAGGGA